GUCCCCUGGUCAGCAGGGCCCCAUUUUCCCCAAUCAUUUGAUUCUCGCUCUUCGACUGCAUCUGACUCUUUUUUCUUCCACCGUACUCUUGUUCUCAGCUCACAUUACCACGCCGCCAGGUGGCCUUCCUUGGUUUCACUUGCAUUUGCGAUCACUCCAAAGUCCUUGUAUAUUUGGCCUUAAGUUGUCAGCUCCCUCUGGUUCCAUUCUUUAUUUUCAUUUAAAAGUUCCGUCUGCCAUACCACACAACUUCCUUUUCAACCCGCGACCAGCAUAACCCCACCCAGCUUACUCGACUGUCCUGGGAGGCAGCCGACCACGACCAAGAGGCUGGCCUUAGGACCACUUUGGAAGACCUGGUGUGUCAUAAACAACAAUCUUGUUCUGGAAGUUUAUCCGUCUGGGUGCUCUUGUCUCUGCUGGCGUGUUGUGCCGUGUGUUUCUUGUCGUCCCGUCCCGCGCCUGCGCCUACGCUUUACCCGCCGUGACUCGUCGUCCAACACUUGGCCACCCUGAUUCAUUAUUUCUGUGCUGCCCCAGCACUUGUGGCCAGGUUUCCCUGGCCGCCUCUCCGCGAUGAAAGCCUCUGCCGUGGGUGGGCUCGAUGCCGGGCCGCCUUCAGAGGUGACGACCGUGGAGAGCACUGAGCCGUGUUCCCAAAGCGAGAUCGAUGCCCGUAUGAAGAGCUUCUGGGAAGAGAGGCAGAUGCACGAAGCCGCUGCGGCGGCCCACUCAGCCGUCCAUCUGGAUGACCUCGUUGUUCCCGAAGAUAAGGACAUCCGCAUUCUGGUUCGACCUCUCACACGUGCGCGCUCCGUCAGUCCUGGCAACCUCGACAACUGCGAAUGGCUGCAGCUCACGGCCGAAGUUGCUGAGCCCAACCAGCCCGAACAAAAGGUUCUCGCCGUGACCCAGACCGAGCGCACCGUCAAGUUCUCCGUCCGCAUGCCCGGAGAGAGCCUCGAGAACAGACCUCCGCUGUGGUGCGAGCUGUACUUUGACCCAAGCUCCGAAGACCUGAUUUUUUACAACAGCUCAGAGCUGCCCUUGACUUUGUCGAGGGUGUCACAGCAGCCGGUGCAGAGUCCCGGUCUGGACCACGUUGUCGACCCCCACCGAAUCCAGCAGCUCGGGCCUGGAACCUGGAGGAUCAAGGUCAUUGACAUCAACGUCAUCGACUUCAGGAUUGUUGAGAAGCGCCCUGCCGUACGCAGGCUUCUGUCCGAUGCAUCAUCAUCCUCUGCAUCCCCUAGCGACAAUCUCAACCUCUCUGGCAAAAGAGGACUCGACACUGGGGGCAGUAUCACGAGCCCCGACAAGAGACUUCGUGCUGAAGACUCUGCAGCCCGUAGCGAGGACGGAGUGGUGAUGUUUAUGAGGCCAGGCAACACCGCAGACUCAUUAGUCGUGCCGUUCCCAUCCGAGGACAAGGGAAAGGAGAUCAUGAGCACCAAGGGCAACCCCCUUAUCGAGCUGGAGGACGGCGCUACCGUCGAAAUCCCAGGCGGCGAGGUCUACACCAUCAAGAAGGUGGACCUAAUCGCGUCCACGAGCCUCAGCGCUGUUGCCAGGGCUGAGUUCUCCAAAGUGCCCGACAGCAUCAUCACGGUCAAGGUGCUCAAGACAAGUCUCAGAGCCAACGUUCCGGCACCCCGACCACAUGACGAAGCACGAAACGUGAUGCGACAAUCCGAAACCUGGCUGCGUGAGUUCCUGAACCACGAGCAGCUGAACCACAAAUCGAUCCCGCGGUUGUUUGGGGGCGACGCUCGGUACCUGUCCUUGUACAUGGAACAUAUCGAGGCCAAGGACCUCACAACGCGUGGGCUAUGGCAGAACGCCCAGACCACAAUGUUUAUGGGACGUCGGUCUGAUGCGGAGCGGAUCCUCCGUGACAUAAGCAGUGCCCUGGAUUACCUGCACGGCCAGAACCUCACACACAACGACAUCAAACCAGGUAAUAUCAUGUACAACCCACAGCGAGGCGCGGUGCUCUGUGACUUCGGUAUGAGCUUCGACAAGAGCGCAAACCAGCACGGCAUCGGUGGCACGCCUUACUACAUCGGACCCGAGUUCAUCGGGCACAGGAUGCGCGGCGUAACGGGAGAUGUGUGGGCCCUGGGCGUCACGAUGCUCUACGUUCUCGGCAAAAUCGGGUUCCCCGAGGCAAGGGCUCUCAAGAACCAUCCCCGCCACCUCUACUGGCAGAUCCGAGAUGUCAACACGUCGAGUCAGCCGCAACGGGGCUUCGAUGGGCAAACAGCGGGGCAAACAGCCGUUCAGAAGAUGAGGAUCUGGCUCGAUGAUGUCGGCGAGGCGAAGAAGCGGUUGAAUUUGAAGGACAAGGUGGAGCGGCUGGUCGCAGAAAUGCUGACCUUGAAGCCCACCCAGCGCAUCACGAUGCGCAAGGUCGUGGAGGGUAUGGCCAAGGUCCCCGUACGAAGCGAGGGAUGAAACAAAGACGACGGAGAAAUAAUGACGAUGAUGACAUGAAGCGAUUUACACGGGAUCAUGCGGACGGCCUGAUCAAGAAGGAUGAUCACGUCGGUAGAGAAUGGCAUGGCUCGCUCGAUUUUCCUUGCAUACAUACGGUCCUUGUCAGCGGUAACUCGGCUUCCGUGAACGCGGCGGAUAGACCAAAAUUUUGGUGCUUUGCUAUACCCAGGCGUGAAUACGGUUCUCUGAUUCCAAAGAAAGGAAAGAAGAAAAAAAAAUUUGUACCCCCAUUGCAGCCCUGUCGUGGCAAGAGGUUUUUUCGAGAAGUUCGUCCUUAUCAUCAUCGGAUGCAUUGCCCGAGACGCUCAGAAUUAUGUCGUCUCUGGACCUGACGCCGUCCUUAUUAAACAAAGGACUCUGUCAACGCAUAGAACACAUGUUCAGAAAGUGGUGUUGAGUGUAGCUAGUUGCUGCGAAGCAGACCACCACAAUAGGUCGAGGCUUCUAUGAUGCAAGAAUACAAAUCCAGACACAUAUC